CCAACCAACGCCACCGUCUUUCCGUCACGGCUGUAACUCGCCCUAUCCGUGUCUCUGCCGUGGUAUUCUUUUGACUCUGCUUGUGCAGACCGGGCCAGGGUCAUGGAGCCUGGAGCAGCCAGCCGACGGGAGACACAGCGGGCUGAACAUCCAAGACCUACAGACAGGGUGCUACCAGCGAUAAGGUAGUAAGUACCAAUCUGCCUGACUUGACAUGGCAACGCAGCACAGGAAAAUGUUCCUUGCGGUGUUGCGAAUCCCCGACUGGUCUGCGGGCAAAACAGGACGCCAAUGUUUCAGCACGUUGAGAGUUCCACGACCACUCCGGCUUUCGAGUCAUCGACUCCUGCUACGCUCCUUUAUUGCCCUCGAGAUGGGCAUUCACACACACUUACCGACUACAAACACAUGUUAUUGUCCACGCCCAGAUACAUCCAGCUGCCCGGAGUACGUCACCGCCGGGACACUAGUCCUCGGCUACGACCUGCACGUCUUCUCUCCAUCGCACCCGUUCGAGCCGCAGGUUCAUCGUAUGACCCCCCUUCCAAAAGCCUCAAAGGCAAUAAUUCGAAAGGCUAGCACAUGUCUCAGAUAUCCAUUGGGCAAUCUCUCCCGUCUAUCACUGAAAAGGAUCUUUCUGACAAAGAGGGUGAUUGCGGCAAAGUCCCCAACUGAGCUACGGCGGCGAGUGUGUGGCUCCAGCACUAACACCACCAUCACCAUGACCGGCCCGGCUCGGAGUCUAGGCGGAGCACCGAGCGGGCCUUAUCCUUGCCAGCGAGCCCUGAAUGGCUCACGCCAUGGUGAGGUGGAGCCUCGCCGACGACGUUAGGCAGGGAGGCAGUGGGCGGCUGGCAGGACUAGCAGGUCU